AUGGAUUUCGCGGUGGUCCAAGACCCCAAGCUUUACCUGCUCCUCGCGGCAGCUGGUUCCUUGGUGAGUACCUCUCAUCUCGCGCGCCACAGAGUGCCAACGCCGCUCGUCGAACGCGCAGGACACCAGCCAGAAAUCAGCCGUCAGUUGGAGGUGGGUGACCUCCAGAAGAAAUGGAUCGCGGAGUAUGGACUUGUCUGGCGCAUGAAAGGCACAAUGAGUGAGAACUCCCUUGAGAUAGCAGACCCUAAGGCUCUUCAAUACAUCUUCCAUAAGUCUGGCUACCACUUUCCCAAGACAGCGACCUCGCGCCAGUUCUCGCGCGAGAUCACGGGUCCAGGAAUCCUCUUCGCCCAAGACAAGGACCACACGCGCAUCCGCAAGAUCAUGAACCCUGCAUUUACCGCCGCGCAGCUCAAGUCAUUCCUCCCUCUCUUCCUUUCAUCCACUCAGAAGCUAGGCCAGAAGUGGAAGGAGAUCCUGCAAAACGCCGACGAGCGUGGUGAGAGGAUUAAUGUUACGUCUUGGCUCGCACGUUGCACGCUCGACGUGAUUGGAGAGGUCGGCUUCGAUGUCCAGUGUGGCGCGCUCGACGACUCGCUUAACCCCGUUAUGGAGGCGUUCAACAACAUGUUCGCGGACGCCAUCCCGAACCCGUCGAAAUUCACGAUUUUCUUCCGGUCUACAUGGCACCUCAUCCCGAUGUCCAUCCUCAAGUACGUGAAGUACUGGCCGACGAAGGACCACAGGCGCUUCCGCAAGACGCUUGACGUGAUCAAUGCGUUCGCGAAGGAGCUUAUCACGGAGAAGACGGCUCACGCCCAGACAGGCAAGGACAAUAAGAAGGAUAUCAUGAGCCUUCUUGUCCGCGCUAAUGCCUCCGAGGACCCGCGGUCGCGCCUAACAGAGGAUGAGAUGAUCUCCCAGGUUGCGACCUUCCUGCUUGCUGGGCACGAGACGACCGCCUCUUCGAUGACUUGGAUCCUUUGGGAGCUGGCCAAGCACCCCGAGUACCAGUCAAAGAUCCGGGCAGAGGUCCGCGCUGUGCGCGCACGCGUGACUGGGCGCGGCGACUCCGAGUACUCCGUCGCGGACCUCGACACGAUGACGUACACCCUCGCGGCAAUGAAGGAGAUCCUCCGCCUGCACCCGAUCGUUUACGCCCUCGUCCGCUACGCUUCGCGCGAUGACGUGCUGCCGCUCGCCCGCCCGCUCACUCUUGUCGACGGUACAGUCGUUACCGAGCUCCCAGUACCGAAGGGCACGGAUAUCCAAAUCUCAAUCUGGGCGUACAACAGGCUCCCAGAGAUCUGGGGCCCGGACGCGGAAGAGUUCAACCCGCACCGGUUCAUAGACCAGGAGAAGAAGAUGGGCUCGACCUACGUCGGCGUCACCUCGAACUUGAUGACGUUCUCUGCUGGGCUGCAGGCGUGCCUCGGCUGGCGGUUCUCGAUCAUCGAAAUGCAAGCCAUCCUGGUCGAGCUCAUCGAGCACUUCGAGUUCGCUAUCCCAGACGACAAGCCCGAGAUCCUCCGCUACCCCGCUGGUCUCGUCGCUCCACUAGUGAAGAGUGAUAUGGCAGCAGGUCCUCAGAUGCCUCUCCGGGUUUCGCUCGCGCAGUAG